GUGUCUCGCCACACGUAAGUGCCCUUAACGCAGCUACUUGAAGACUUGGAGACUUUGUGCUUGUUAUUGCUGCUGCUGCGAUCUUCGAAGAUGAUGUUGGCAGAGCAAGCCCAGAAGUGGUUCCCAACUCACGUGCAAGUUACGGUCCUUCAAGCCAAAGGUCUGAAGCCAAAAGGUAAAAAUGGCAGCAACGAUGCUUACACCAUCAUACAGCUGGGCAAGGAGAAGUACUCCACCUCGGUGGCUGAGAAGACCCUGGAUCCUGUCUGGAAGGAAGAGGCCUCCUUCGAGCUCCCUGGAUUACUCAUGCAGGAGAAUCCAGAAAAAUACAUCCUGUACCUGAUUGUCAUGCACAGGUCGCUGGUGGGGCUGGACAAGUUUUUGGGACAGGUGUCCAUAAGUCUGAAUGAUAUAUUUGAAGACAAGCAAAGAAGGAAAACAGAGUAA